CACAAGCUUCCGCCAUUCCCGCUGCCGGGAUCAAUUCACGAGCCCUCACAGAUUUGGCGAUGAAUACUACUCAAAGCAUAGCCGAGUCCAAUGCCGCAAGUCCGCUGUGGAUGUGUCCACACCUCUAAAUUGUAUAAAGGAUACGUGUCUGCAAGGUACCUACCAAGUUCACCCCAGUAGACGCUGCAUCGCAGAACAAACUUUCACUUCUUACCCCGUGCUCACUCCUAACUACGAUGAUUCCCGGAAAGAUCAUUCGAAUUAACGACAAAGUUACAUUGAAACUUUGGCCCAGGCUCGAGGGCCAAGUUUUAAAAGUUACCCCGAGGUAUUCGAUCAAAGUCAAGCCAAUGACGGUCUCGCCGCAUUACCCCAACUGUUACCCCGAUCAACUGGUAAUGGACAUGCCUGUCCAACAAGUGGUCAUCACAAUACAGCCGUUGCCCAGAGCGACUAACGUAGAAUGUCAAGACGACGACGAGGAUUCCGAGUAUUCCUCAAGCACCAGCAGUCAUGCAUCAGAGGAGUCCCAAGAAGAUGAGGAGGCAUCCUUGCUCGACACUGACAGCGAAGCCACCGCUGUCAACUCAGACUCGGACGAAGUUCAGAGCGAAUGGGAAGACGAAGACCCCUUUUACACGUAUACUCUGCUCGACGACUCGACGAUUCAUACCUUGGAAGACGAGGACGAUGAUGAACCUCCUCCUGUAGUGGGACAGAAGAGGAAGAGGGAGGAUUAGGUAUAAAUGCUAUAUUAUAUUUGGGUCAGGAAUAUCGUGAAGGCGCAAGUUGGACUCGGACAAAGUAUGGUUGUUGAUAUACUUAUGCUUAUGGACUCUUCAUGUACUUGGUCUUCUUGACUGCAUAGCAGCUGCGUCUGCUGGUUAUUUGCUAUUUCAUCCAUACGUCUUGGUAUCCAUACUCUUUGCAUAAUAGCAUGCGUUAUUGUCCCC